AUGGCUGAGAAGUGCUUAAUCUUGUGCCUGAAAAAUCAGUUGGAAAACAUGAGAAAUGCACACUUGUCUGCAACUCCUUUGCUUUUGAUGUCUAGCCAGUCUGUUUCAGCUGCGAUUCCAGGCUUGAUACUUAAAGAAAAUACGAGCACAAUUAGUCAUGAAAGCACUGAUGGUAAUAAUAACACUGACCUUGGUAAUUCCAUGAGUGAAAUUGAAAGUAGUACCUCUACCUUGGUUUUCAAUUUUAGCCAGCCUUCUCCUGUCCCAAGCAACAAUGAUGCAAAGAACCUGGAGUUCAUGAAAAUCAUCAAUGACUUUGGCAUUUCCCAACAAGCUUAUGAGAAGCUUGCUGCGCAUCUCAACAGCAUUCUAGGGAUGUCAACCGAGAUAACGUACAGAGUGUGUACAUCUUACCUGGGCAAGAAGCUUUUGAAGUGUUUCUCUAGUAUAGAAGAAACAGUAUAUGACGUCUGCCAAAACAGAUGUAUCAUGUUUAAUGAUGCAGAGGAGGUUGCUUGCAAGCAUUGUGAUGAAGCUCGCUACAAAAACAACAAAACUGAUAAGGACGGUAUACCCAUUGCUGAGAAAACCAUGGUCCAGAUUCCUUUGGCCAGACAAAUUGCUCUUUCUUUGGCCAACAGUGAUACUAGACAUGAGAUGAUAUACCGUCACAAUCACAAGCAAAAGGCAGAUGACAGCAAGGCAGACAUCUUUGAUGGGCAUGCAUACCAAUCAAUCAAACAUCUUUUCUCCAGUGAAAAUGAUGUUGCAAUUUCUUUGGCUGUCGAUGGCUUUGUGCCUCAUAACAUUCUUGGUUCGAUUACUAUUCUGCAUGCCACAGUUCAUAAUCUUCCUCCAAUGGUCCAUUAUGAGAAAAGCUGGAUGUUACAAAUUGUGAUGAUCACAGGUCCUUUCACACCACUUGACUUCUGGUCAUUUUUGAAGCCAACCUUGGCAGACCUCAAGGUACUCCAAGAGGAAAGAAUGGUUGUCAUAAUCCCAACUCUCACCAUCUGUGCAAAGGUUCAUGUCCUUGUUGUAACUGGUGAUAUUCCGGCAGUGGCAAAGCUGGCAUACACUACUAUGCGCACUUUGGAAAGUUUCCAAAACUUUGAUCCAGCAAGUCUGUCCAGCAAGGGUCUUGUAGGACAAUCUCCUUUUUCUUCACUAGCAUCAUUCACAGGCCCACUCUUUUUUACUCUUGACAAGAUGCAUGGCCUUUGCCAUGAAAUAGGCAAGCAAAUCUGGAGACUUAUUGGUGGAAAGUAUGGAAUUAAACACUCUCUGUUUCUUCCUGUCAAUGUACUCAAGGAAAUCAGCGUGGCAAUGGCAGCAACAAGAAAAACAAUUCCAACAUCAUUUCAUGGCUCUUGGAGAAACAUAUCCAAGUACAGUGGAUACUUCAAGGCUGUAGACUGGGCCGAUUUCCUUCUCUUCAUUGUCCCUACACUGGUGGCCAAGUGUGUAAGAGAUACAACUUCCAGGGAAACAUUGCUUGGACUUGUGCAAGCUUGCAACUUACUCAUGAGCUGGGAGUUAUCAGCAAAGGAACAAAUCUCUAUAAAAAGAUAUGUUUAA